AUGGCCGGGCCGCAAGGCCGGGCCACACGGCCGGGGGCACCGGCGGAGGACGACCGAAUGGACGACCAGGAGGACGUCCAGGACGCAAGUUGUUUCGUCGCCUUUGAGGAACUACAAGGUGUAACCAGCAAUUUGGUGGUGGUUCCUGAGACACUGGACGCAGUGCAGGGCAAGAAGAUCACAUUGAACUGCUGGAUCGGGUCCGUGCCCGACCUGAAACUUAUCCAGAGCUCCUGGGAGCGCCAACUCCCUUCAGGCAAGGAGAUUCUCGCAGUGUACCACUCAGAGUACGGGACAUCCAUCCCCACAGAGUUAGCCAAUCGCGUCACCUUCGUUUCUGCCACGACCGGCGAUGUCAGCAUCACCCUGGACAACGUAACCCUUGAUGAUAUCGGCGUAUACACUUGCAAGGCGUCCACUUUUCCACUAGGAAAUUCCCAAGCAUCCACACAAGUCAAUGUAUUAGUGGAGCCCAAAGUGUACGUGUCGGCCAGUCCCGUCGCCCUCGUGGACGGUGAGGGCGAAUCUCUGGUGGCCACCUGCAUCGCAGAGAAAGGCCGCCCCACUGCCGAGGUCUCCUGGGAGACGGACCUGCGCGGCCGUGUGGAGAAACAGACUGUUGAGGAGACUGACGGCACGGUCAGUGUGCAGGUCCGCUACCUGUGGCAGCCGUCAAGCUCCGCCCAGGGCAAGACGCUCACCUGUGUGGUGCACCACCCCGCACUGCAGACAGAGUUCAGGAUACCAUACGUGCUCAAUAUUCAGUUUGCACCGACGGUCAUCAUAGAGGGGGUAGAGAAAAACUGGUAUGCCGGACAAACCGACGUUGUGCUCAUUUGUGACGCACAGGCCAACCCCCCUACCCACCAGUAUUUAUGGGCCAGGUUGGACGGGCCAAUGCCGAAUGGCGUUGAGGCCAUUAGCAACAGGUUUGCGUUCUUGCGUCCGCUGGAGCUCAAUGACUCAGGCGUAUACCGCUGCGAAGCCAGCAAUGAUGUCGGCACCCGUAGCCAAGACUUAUCCUUCUGGGUCCAAGGUCCGAAUUUCCUGCGUCUACGUGUUCUGCUAAGAAAGCUAAUGCAGCAGAACCUCGCUGCCAUGUUGGGAAGGAAGGAGCACUACUUUGACUCGCUCUACUCAAACUUUGCCAGUCUUUAUAAGAGCUUUGCUGUUGAACUGGCGACAAAACCCCUACACCCCACCUCCACCGGGCGCAACCUCACCUUCCAGUCUCUGUCCUCUGCUGCAGCGCUAGAACGCCCAUCUACCACGGCCACCCCUUCUCCCACCACCCGGACGACUAGCAUAGUGUCUGGCACAGAGCGCUCCCAAUUCACCUCCCCCACACUGGCCCCUGAGGGGGACAACAUGCUGGGUGUCAUAGUGGGCGGAGUGGUAAUCGGCCUCUUGUUUCUGAUCCUGGCACCGCUUGCGGCCUGGUUUUGUUUCAUCCGCAAGCGCCGGACCUUCCGGGGCGACUACUACACCAAGCAGUACCUGGGCCCUUCGGACAUGCAGAAGGAGACGCAGCUGGACGUGCUGCAGCCCCACGAGCUCCAAGAGGUGUACGGAGACAAGGCCGACAAAGGCAGUCAGGAGUUGAAGCCGAAACUCUGCGGGGACGUCAUUUACCCCGACUACACGAGUAAGGAACAGGGCGGUGACGACUGGACCGAUCGCGAGGGCGACUACUACCCCGACCCCUACCACGGUCAGAACAUGCACCACCCGUGCGGGCCCCCCGUGCUCACCAACGGCUCGCCCUACCUCUCAAACAACCGCUACAACAACUGCACCGACAGCGACUACGUGGCGCACGUGGACGGCUCGGUCAUUUCGCGACGGGAGUGGUACGUCUGA